UGGCGGCCCAAUCUGGUGAGGUAGAUAUUGUCGCAAGGCUUCUCAGUCGGCCCGACGUGAGAGUGAAUGACCUAGACAUGUAGGAGCGAUCUGCUGUGUCAUACGCCGCGGAGGAGGGAUGUCUGGGGGUGGUCGAGCUGUUACUCCACCAGUCCGACGUCGAUGUCAGUGUGGUCGAUGCCUAUGGACACACGCCUAUUUUCUGGGCCUCAAUCAAGGGCAAGCAUCAGAUCGUUCGUCGUUUACUGGAACACGAUGCGUCGCUAGUGUCUUCCCGCACUCCCCAGGGGGAUACCUUCUCAUGUGCGCGGCGAAACAAGGUUGGUUGCUGGUAGUCAUGGUGUUGAUCGUAUUCGGGGCAGAUCCGGCUGUCAGGAACUCUCUUGGGCGGACUGCAUUGGCGUGGGCUGUCAGAAAUAAACACGAUGGGAUCCAGAGUGUGCUAUAUGCCUACAUUUUGCAGCGCGAGUUAUCGAUGAGAGGUGACUGAUCAGCCCUUGGAAUGCGCGCACAUCCCUGGUAUUGCCCGCUCGGCCACAAUCACUUGGUCUUCGCGCGACUAGUAAUUUGAACUUUUUGUUUUCUUCUGUAUCUCAGGGCCGGGUUGGUUUACUCUUGUUUUCUUGUCUC